AUGACUUUGCUCCGCUCGUGUCUCGCACUGGCGCUGGGCGUGUGCUUCGUGGACGACUGCUACGCCCGUGUCGAUCCGGCACCGACCCUGAUCAAGUGCAGGACGUAUGGUGAGAUGUCCGCGUACUUGCUGGAGCUCAACGCCACAUUUCCCGACGUCGUGCGGGUCUCGGUGGCCCAGGAGGCCUACAACCUGCCGUACCCAAAGGAGCUCAGGUGCAUUGUGGACGAAAAGACGAGUGCAACAGAGCCGUGCAAACAAUUUGUAGUGCAUUUGACCAACCACGCGACGCUAGCGAGCGAUCCGGAGAGACCUGAAGUCUUUUUCAGUGGAGCAGUGCACGGCAAUGAACGCGUUGGACCCAACGCAGUCGUUGAGCUCGUGGCGCUAUUUGCACAUGCCACGUCGAAGUACCGCACGAAGGACAUGCGGAAGCCAACAGCAGACACGCAGCGCUGGCUGAAGGAGCUCGUGAACACGCGGAACGUGGUGCUGGUGCCAAUGACUAACGCUUACGGCUACUCGCGCAACGAGCGCGAAGAGUUGGAAGUGGACCCGAAUCGAGACUACAACUACAUGAGAGCAGGUGCGGAAUGCAUGCAAACAAUGACGUCUCGUGUGGUGAAUGAGAUCUGGAGAGACCAUAUUUUUCAGUUGGCAGUGACGUUCCAUGGCGGCACUCGAGCAAUCGCGUACGAGUGGGGCUCCCCGGACCAUUACUUCCAUGGUGACAAGACCCAACCAAGUCAGAAGUCGCCUGACGACGCGGCUCAGGUCCAACUUGGCACCACACUGGCCAACUUUGCUGGUCCCUUUCCUGACGCAAAACUUUAUCCCACGGGAUCGAUGAAUGAAGUUGUGUAUGACGUCGUUGGUGGCAUGGAAGACUGGGGCUACGCCGCUUCGUGGGAAAACGAGUAUUCGGACGAGAAGUCGCAGCCUUUUAGUCCGUGUGAGCCGACCACAUUCGGUGGAUAUCCGAAGGAGAAGACCAUCUACAACAAUGUUACCAACCGCGCUUUCAAUGUACUGGUCGAGACCUCGUACAAAAAGGAGCCUCUACCAGCCGACAUGGGGAAUUUCCAGGAGUUGUACAAUGCGAAUGUGGACUUCUACCGCACCAAAGGGACCUCAACAAAGGUCGUGGGGCACGUACCAAGGAACGUCCGACUGGCGCUCAUGAUGAUCGAGAUGGCUCAGCCUCUAGUGCGUUGGGUAGAUGCUGGACGGUCGUCUGCGUUGCAGACCGUAGACACCUUCCCAGCAGCGAGCUUGUAUACGACAAGCGACGAACAAGUGACGAAGAUGGGCUGUGGAGCUCGGGCAUGGGAGCGCAAGCAAGUGGCAACGUGUAGUGCUACCGACUGCAGCGUGAUCAGCGCAGCACAUUUGAAGCUGCAGAUAGCGUGGGAAGUGCUUGGUGCGCUCACUGUGGACAGCACUCAUGUCCAGGUGUCUUCCAGCGCAUCCUUCGAGGACGAUACCGUCCUGAUCGAGACCACAGCUCAGAAGGGUACCACCCGGCGUUUCUACGAGUUCGCAUCCAAUUCAUCGAAAGCAGCAGCUGCCAACGCAGCCGAUAAGAUGGAAACGUCACUAUUUGUCACGUGUCUUGACUUGGGUAACGUCACCUCGGACAAGUUUUACGUUCGAGCUGUGGCGACUGUCGACCAGAACUGGAAAAAACAAGGGACUGGUGCCAAUAUGCCUUCGCCUCAAGUGCCACCACAAUCGCACUUGGUCAAUGCUCGAACGAACGCAGGUUGGAACGCCAAAUGGAAUGGCCACAAAGUGAAGGCUGGUCUCGAGUGGGCGUCUCCGAUCCUCACAGUCGAUGCGGGCAAGAAGUCUAAGACAAAAGCCGCUGAGUCGGAAGCGAGCAGUGACGGACCUCCGGAGCAGGAGUCAUCGUUUUCGUUUCAAAGCACAUCGUCUCAACGUGACAGUGCGGACUCGGACGACACCGUCGGCACACCGACUGCUGGCAAGAUACAUGCUGGUACAACAGCGAGCAAAGACGAUGGAGAAGACAUGUCUAAGGGGGAGAGUGAAGAGGAGAGUGAAGCGGAGAACAGUGGUGAGGCGAGCGACAAAAGUGCGCUGGAUCUGAAGGCGGACGCGUCGGAUGACAUUGAGGACGCGCCAGUCGACUCUUCUUCCUCCUCUGACACCACUCAAGAGAUAACGGCGUUAUCGGCAGCAAGUUUGGAUGUGGAGACGACGGACACACCGUCGUCGUUGCUGAAGUAUGGCUACGUCAUCCUGUGCUCGUGCGCCGUAAUCGUUGUGCUCGCGCUCGCGUAUCUCUACCGACGAGUGUUCCAGCGCGGCCGUCAGCCGUACAUGAACAUCAACAGUCUCGACUCGACGACCGGCGUCGCAGUCAGUAGCACUGACGACGAAUACGAAGUGGAUGAGACCGAAAGCACCGACGCUGGAGGUCCUCGAAUUCCUCGCCAUGCCCAGUCGUCCCAGAGUGUCAUGUAG